GCCUCUCCCUCUCCCCCCCUCUCUCAGUUCAAAACUUGACUGUUCGCAGCGCUGCUUCACUGUAUUCUUCAUCAUGUCCUGGACUCAUCUGGUCUUUCUUUCUCUGCUCGCCACCCUCCUCAUCCUCACACUCUCCCCCGGGGUGCGGAGUGCAUCGGUGGCAGAUGGAAGAGAGGGAAAAGCUGCAGAGCCCAAAGGGUCAGCUCGGCGAGUCUUCAUGCCCGAGGCGGAUGCAGCAAAUUUCUUCAAAAAGCGUAGUCGGCGCUCGGCCAAACAUGAGGCGGAGGUCCUCGCUGAGCAGAGGGUAAGGCUGUCAGCUGAUGAGAGGAGGAGGGAGUACUAUGACGAACAGAGGAACGAGUUUGAGAAUUAUGUGGAAGAGGAGCGCGAUGAGCAGGAUGAGAGGACACGGGAGAAGACAGAGCAGUGGCGUGAGUUCCACUAUGAUGGACUCUACCCCCGUUAUCCCCGCGGUUGGUGAGCAUGCUCCACACCAAGCCUAUCAGACGGACAUAACAAGAGCAUGGGAGGUGGCCAAACCAUCACUCACCUAGGAGUAAAAAGGUUGAAGUACAACACAAUUUCAAUCAAUUUUAAAAUGGUAAUAUUAUGUAACAUUUAAAGACUUAGUGAAUGUGGCAGGUCAAGUUUGAAAAGGGGAGGCUGUCGUGAUCGGUUGUGUUUCUGUGCUUAUUUCAAUUUCUAUCUUUGUGCAUGUAUCUGUGUGGUGUACUGUUUGGUGUGGUCUGUGUAUCUUUCACAUCUGUCUGUGUAUCAAACUGUGUGGUCUUUUCUGUAUUUGUAACCGUCAUCACAAAUGUGAAACCUAUACUGUAAUGCAGGACCACAGACACCAAUAAAGACAAUACUACAAUGUA